GGUGUGUUUCCGGCGCGGAGGCGGAGCUGUUUGUCAGCCGGACUGUAAACAGCUAACUGUUAGCUCACCCAGCUAACCGGACUGCAGAGUUGAAACGAAGCAGAAGAAGAAGGAUGGCCUCCGCCCCCCCCCUCUCCUCGCUGCGCCUCCUCGUCCCUCCCCUCCGCCUGCUGACGGCGGCGAUGUGGCAGGUUGCACGCCAGCAGAGCGUGCGGCAUUAUGGGAUGCUGGAGGACUUUGUUUCCCUGGUAACGGAGGCCGUCCCGCAGCUGCUGACGGACAGGCAGAGGAGUCUGCUGCUGCUGGCGCUCAGAGCCAAAGUGACCCUCUGUGACCCACAGGCCGCCAGCCUGGACAAAAUCCACUCUGUCUGUCUGUCUGUCUCCGAGGCAACGCAGUCGGACGAGGAGGUCGCAGGAUGCUGCUCCGCUCUGUCGACGCUGACCGAUAAACUGACAGCGAGUCCGGCGGACAGACGGCGCCUCCUGCAGGAAGUCUUCGACCACAGUUUCGACUCCGCCCUCCAGUCGCUGGUGUCUGACUUCCUGUCCAGGAUCGAGCAGCUGUUCCCCGUCCCCGACUUCAAACAGGCUGCGUGCUGGCUGGACGCUGCCCCCGCUGGUCUGGAGGACUGCCUGCAGGAGGCGGACAGGGAGGACGUGAGGGAGCUGCUGGCCAAUCAGAGCUGUCUACUGGGGCGAGCAACCACCACAGUGAGUCAGGACACAGAGAAGCUCCUCCUCUCAGCCUGGUCCCACCCCCUCUUCACCAAACUGACCAAUCCGGAGCCGCCUCCCGCCGACACAGAGGUCCAAUCAGAUCCCGUCCUCCAGCUGGACGUGGAGCUGGUGAAGGUGGAGGUGGUGGUGAUGACGGAGGACGAGCAGGAGGACGUGGAGGAGGCCGUGAUUGGCCGGGCCGCGUCGCCGGUGGAGCAGGAGACGUCCAAUGAGAGUUCAGCGCCGGGCGACGACGACUGCGCGCCCGUGAUCAUCGGAGAGGACAGGUUGAAGGACUCACCUGGAAACUUUGCCGACCAAUCAGAAGACGCAGUCGACCAAUCAGAUCAGGUCCUGCUGCUGACGGUCACAGCCAGACGCUCUGUACAGCAUUUCCCCUAA